AUGUUGCCCUCAGUAGCACCUUUCCCGCCAAUUCAACCACAUCAUCAUAUGAAUCAUCACCAUGGCGCUGAUACAGUGGAUGGGAAUUAUGACUUUGGCGCGACAUCCUUCGCCACGACACUUCCGUAUAAUGACAUGAACAGAUCCUCCUUUCACUCGAUUCCUCGGACCCGAUUGCAGUAUCAUCCCGUGCAACGCCUUGAUGUUCAUGAUACGACCGGCCUGGUACCUGGCCCAAAGAAUUCUGGAGAACAUGCACUGAGGAGGAAGACACCAAAUGGGACACUUGCGGCUGGUUAUGAUGGAACCCCGGGGGAUACAACCAUUCAACCCCCAGCGACGAAGCAUAUUCUCGUUUCACCUCUGGAAUCAGGCCAGAUGGUAGCGCCUCAAACGGGCUUUCCGAUGGAUUCUUGGUCGCAACUCUCUUUGGAACAGUCGUCACCAACAAAACCGAUGAAUUUCCCACCAGUGUACAAGAACGAGUCGAACCGGACCAAUGCAGCUCUAGGGGAGAUGGUCCAGAAUAUGAAUGGUGCUAGCUGGGUUCGCUCGUUGAGCUAUAUGCCUGGAAUGGAUUCCGUACUCAACCAAUCGCUUCCAAUUCCAGUAUCCCAACAAAGGUUCUACUGGCAUAACGGUGCAUAUGUUCCUACCGUUCUACCAGCGACUCUCCAGCCAUGCCUUGGCCCAACCGCAUCGGCGGGUACCGGGCCAUAUGGCCCAUACUGGCCUGAUGGUGUAUACAUUCCUUAUCGCCCUGCAGCCUUUCGAGAGCCCCGAUUCAACUCCCCUAAUCCGUUCGCAAAACAAGUCGACCCGUCGGGUCUUCAAUUUUUCGAUGGAGGGCAGCAAUCGUUCAACCGUAACGCAGUGCCGUCAGGCAGUCACCCCGAUCUAGGUUCAACCUGGGGCGCAGCGGCGCCUUUGGGAAUGGUUGGUCACGACUCUUCGGUGAAGAACAAUUUCCCCCCGCGUCACUCAGAGCAGAAGGCCCUUGAUUCCUCUCUUCGCACCUUACCGUACCACACGCGUCAAAACAAUGCAGGUCCGACCUUCUCACAGCGUCAGCCCGGAAGCGAAGCUUACCCAUCGCCAUGGCCAGGCACCUCGAGUGGGCAUGGUUUCCCGGGCGCCACGGGCCCCACGGCCAAUUCUCGUGCGGCCAAUGUGGAAUUUAAAGAGAAGGUCUUGUCAUGGGCUCAUGGUGUUUAUGUCGACCUCCUGGCCUCUAUUCACCACGCCCGACGGAAUAGCAUCUCGCACGCCGGCGGCGACCCCCAGAGCCAGCGGUAUUUGAAGCCUAGCAUAUAUCCCAAACCACCGCGGCAGCCUGGAUUGGACUUUUCUCAAGCAAAUGCACCGGAAGCUGUGCGCCAUAACAGCUACCCGUCGAGUCAGUAUGAUCUUCGAACAAAGAAUACCAUCAAUCAUACCACGCAAGUCGACAACCCUUCUGGCUUCCAGACCCAGCAUCGGCAUCGACCCUCACUCCACCAUUUUCAACAACAUAGCGACACCCAGAUGCUGGAUAGGUUACGGCAUACAGGACGUUUCACGGUUCCAGCAGUUUCCCACUUUGCUGCCCCACCUUUUAGCAACGAGAACGCGCCACUAACAAACGCUCGCACCGCUUUAAAUAUGCUUUCCCCGCUAUGUAGUGAAAGUGGUUGGGAGUGGAUUGACGGUAUGCUACUUGGUGGCUGUCUGGCUUACGGUCUGGGUGACUACCCAAAAGCUAUGAGAUGGUAUAUGAGAAUCAUUACGAGGGAUCCGCAACAUGUUGAGGCAAUAUCAAAUCUAGCUGCUACCCUUUUGGCUCUUGAUCGUCGAGAGGAGGCGUUGAACCACUGGCUCCGAGCUGUGAAGCUCCGCCCCAGCUUUUUCGAGGCCGUAGAACAUCUCAUUGGUCUCUUGUGCAGCAGUCACCGCGGAAAGGAAGCUGUCAACAUUAUCGAAUUCGUGCAAAAGUCACUACGCUUUCCCAAGAACGGUGACUGCUUCACGGCCGAUGAGCAUGCUAGCGAGACGGAUAGUGACGUCGAAAGCAGAGCAUCAAGCGCAUCUGAUCUCGGCUCGUAUGAGAAGGCAUCCUUUGAUUACGAUGAUGACUUGAAUCGAUCGGGGUUUACUAAUAAGCGGCCUGCAGAGACCGGGUCUACUGGCUUUGGGUCUAGUGGCUAUGCUAUCCCGGGCUGCGACAACGGUAGAAUGUUGGCUCUUGUUCAUGCCAAAGGCAAUAUGUUAUAUGCCCUGGGCGAUAAUGUUGGAGCUGCAAUGGCGUUUGAAGAUGCAAUUUUGAUCGCAGCGGGGAGAAGACGGCACGGCAUUCAGAGCCUAAUAAAACAGAUCUUCGCAGCAUUCUCGCAUGGAUCACGGCAUGACUACCAUGCCCCACCGGAGCAGCACAGCGCCAACGAAACCAUCCUUCUAUAUCCCGAUAAGGCACUGCAGACUUCCAAACUGGUUUUCCCCUCAUGCGGGACGCCACCGGGGAUCAAAUUUGUUGCAGAAGGUCUCGCCCGAAAAGCGGCCAUAUCGACCACGAGUAACUCCUUACUCUCUCUGGCGAAAAUUUACCAGGAUGGGAUGUCCAGUAUCUCCACCGCCGGUGCUCCUAGAACCGCUCCAGGCGUCCGCGAUAUACUGGCGCUCUACUACCUUUCACUUUCUCUCCAACCCAGCCCGUCAACCGCAAACAAUGUAGGAAUUUUGCUUGCCGGCAUCCAAAACAACGCCGCUAAAGGUCUACCUCGCGCCAGUGGGGAGAUGCAUCACCCUGAGAUACCCGGAGUGGUUCUUGGUAGUGGAGUAUCUUUAGCCCUGGCGUAUUAUAACUACGGCUUGCACCUUGACACUCGACAUGCCCACUUGUACACGAAUCUUGGCAGUCUACUCAAGGAUAUUGGUCAGCUCCAGGCUGCUAUUCGAAUGUACGAACAGGCUGUUCAGUGUGACAACAACUUUGACAUUGCUCUAGCGAACCUAGCCAACGCAGUCAAAGAUGCCGGUCGUGUCAAUGAAGCAAUCACAUAUUACAAGCGUGCCGUCAAAGUGAAUCCUGAGUUUGCAGAAGCAGUCUGUGGACUAGCCAACGCUCUGAAUUCUGUCUGCAACUGGGUUGGACGAGGCGGUAUUGUUAACGGGCAUGGUUUCCGGGAUCGGUGGCACGUCAAUGAACAAGGGAUGCUUCGGGACGCAUACAGUACUGACACUGGCGUGGGUUGGAUCAAGCGUGUCGUUGAUAUUGUUGAUCGACAGCUCAAAGAAGGUGAAACCUGGGGCCGUGGCUUGUUGACUUCCAGUACAAUUGAGCAGCUGUGCGCGCAACUGGUUCCCGCAUUGGACAGCCGACGGUUUACGUCUGGGUCUCUGAAUGCUAUUCUCCAGUCAUGGGCCGGGCAGAAAUGGGAAGGCUCGAGAAUUGUAAAGCUCGUUGAGCGCGCGAUCAGAGCGAUCACAUGGCAGUGGUAUCAAGACCUUUAUGUCCAUGGGAAAGAAUAUCCCAUGUCUAAAUACCGCAGGCCACAACUUCCGCCUGGCCUAUCUGCUCCCAAUGCACCCACUGUGCUACCUUUUCACACCUUCACUUGUCCGCUUUCCGCAAAACAGAUUCGCCAGAUCUCACAGCGAAAUGGGCUUCGCAUAUCUUGCGCGACCCUUCGCUCUCCAUGGCUCCCGGCUACAGUAUACCAGCCGCCGGCACCGCCAAACCCGUACCUCAAAGUUGGGUAUGUAUCCUCAGAUUUCAAUAAUCAUCCCCUUGCGCAUCUCAUGCAAUCUGUGUUCGGAUUCCACAACCCCUCAAGAGUCAAGGCCUACUGCUACGCCACGACCGCAAGUGAUAAAUCCAUUCAUCGCCAGCAGAUUGAGAGGGAAGCGCCAGUGUUUCAUGAUGCUAGUGGGUGGUCUGUCGACCGGCUAGUCAAGCAGAUCGUCGCAGACGGCAUUCAUAUCCUGAUUAACUUAAACGGCUACACCCGCGGUGCACGUAACGAGGUUUUUGCUGCACGACCCGCCCCAAUCCACAUGUCAUUCAUGGGGUUUGCAGGAACCCUGGGUGCUGAGUGGUGUGAUUAUAUCCUUUCCGACACCGUCUCAAUUCCACAAGAGACUCUUGCUCCAGGAGGGCGUAAUCUUCGUAUCGAAGAUCGAGUACUUGAGGAAAACCAUGGAGAGGAUCUUGAGGAUUGGGUCUAUGGAGAAAGGAUUGUUUUCACCAGGGCCACGUUCUUCUGUUGCGAUCAUCGACAAAGUGCACCUGACUCCCAGGACUCACGUCUCGCUUGGGAGCAGGAACAAGACAAACGAUGGCGUAUGCGGAAGGAGCUGUUCCCCAAUCUUCGCGAUGAUGCCAUUAUCCUGGGCAAUUUCAACCAGCUAUACAAGAUUGAGCCUACGACCUUCCGCACGUGGCUCCGUAUACUAGCACGGAUUCCUAACGCCGUAUUAUGGCUACUCCGCUUCCCAGACCUCGGUGAACAGAAUCUGAAGGAAACAGCCGUCGCCUGGGCAGGUGAAGAGACCGCCUCUCGCAUCAUAUUCACUGAUGUUGCGCCCAAGAACACCCACAUCGCCCGGGCAAAGAUCCUAGAUCUCUUCCUGGACACUCCUGAGUGUAACGCACACACAACGGCGACGGAUGUUCUGUGGAGUGGCACGCCUCUCCUGACCCUCCCUCGCUACAAGUACAAGAUGUGUUCUCGUAUGGCGAGCAGCAUCCUUAGUAGUGCCUUGCCGGAUUCCGAUGAAGGCCAAAAGGCUCGUGAGGAAUUGAUCGCCACAUCCGACGAGGACUAUGAAAAUAAAGCUAUCCGAUUAUGCCUAAGCUUGAAAUAUGAGCCUGGCAGUGAGGGUCGAGUAAGAGGCAGGUUGUCCGACCUCCGGAAGAUGUUGUUCCACGAGAGGUGGAGAAGCAGAUUGUUUGACACCAAGCGCUGGGUUCACGAUUUGGAAGAUGCCUAUGAACAUGUCUGGAAACGAUGGGUUGAUGGCGAAGAAGGAGAUAUAUGGUUAUGA